AUGAAGCUUGUCCUCCUUCUUCUUGUACUGGUCACGGUUACCGCCAUCGGUGCUUUCGCCACCAGUCCUGUCAAGUGUGAUAGUUCAAAAUGUGACGCAGCGGCCUGCAAGAAACCGGACUGCAAAUGCGGAACCCACAAGGACGCUUGUGACUGCUGCGAAGUCUGCUACAAGUGCCCAGGAGAGCAGUGCGUCCCUCUGUUCCAAGACAAAUGUUCUGGCACCAACCACUGCGAACUAGAGGCCGGAGCAGCUAUCAUCACCGGUGCCCGGGGAAUCUGUACCGCGAAGAAGGCCCUCUUUGACACCGAGCAUCACGGGUAAAACAGCCGCCUGUUUGUGAAUGUCAGCCCCCUUCUGCGAGACUGUGAUUACUUUUUAACGUAUAUUUUGUCACCUCCAAACCUUGUGCAGGCCCGUGAAAAUAUAUUUAACUAAGUUAUGCAUUUAUCUCGGGCUGAGUGCCAAUGAUUGCCUGUAUUAUAAAAU